GUCCUCUUGUGUGACCACACUGGCACAUUGGCAAGUCGGCGCCGCUUUUUCUCGUCAGUGAACGGACUCUCGAGGCUUUAUUGAGAGAGAUGUUACGUAAGCGCUCAGAUCUUCGAUCGAUUGUUUCGAUAAUCGAUUGUGCGGACGUGUCGAUUUUUUUUCGUAAUGCGUGCAGAAGAGUCUCGUGAGCGAUAAUAGCUUGUGCAUUCCAGCACGUAGCUAUUGAUUAUAGAAUUAAAGAAUUGUUCUUCUGAGCUUUUCGAAUCUCCCGCUUGCGAGGGCGCUGCGAGCGCGGAAUAUGCCAUGAUGACGUCAUUGCUCCGAAUAUGGAGCUGCAUGUAACGUGCUUAGGUAGCUGAUUGAGCUCGGCGGGUAAACAAUCAUCUGAGAGGAAUUUACGAGCUGUUGGCUCACUCAUUCGGAGACAUAUACCACAGUUGAUCCACAUAUUUCAAUGUUAUAUGAUUUUUGUCAACUGGAGCGUCUGCACUGGUAUUAUAAUAUUAUUGCUCCGAAACGCGACCACGUGACUACGUGCAGUAGCGAGCGCCAACUCACGGUCGCAAAGUCGAACCUCGCCUAACAUCCUAUAUAUGCAUGAAUCGCACAUUACAUAUAUCUAUAUAUACGUGUACAGUGUAUACUCGCAGCUGGAAUACUAACUCGCUGUGUAGUGUGUACCCGCACGCCCGCACAUCAUAUACGUGCGAGCGAGUCUCGAGUAGCAGGCUGUCUACAGACGAUCGCCUCUGAGGAACGUCGUCGUCUUGUAUAUUCGAGCCGAGGAAAAAAAAGAGAGCUAAACGCCUUCUGUGCAGCAACAUGUCGCCGCGAGCAGCCGCAGCAGUCGAUCCGCUUGAUUAGAUUAGGUCAGCGCGCCUGCCCACACAAACUAUACACAGUCGAGUCGUAUGUACGAUACGUUUGGUCUGUCCCUCCAUGAGCCAGUGCUACUACUUAUACUCACUUCCUCUUCUUUGUGAAACUCACGAAGAGAAAGUCGCGCACGAGUAGACUCGUUUCCUCGGGAGGAAAGUUUCGGUGUACGCAGAUGCCUAGGCCCAGCGAGAGUUUGUCCACCGCGAGUGACAUAACCGAGCCGUCGUGACUAAGUAUGAUAGGGCGGCCUGGAUUUGGGACCUCGACCUUCGACAGCAGCUACGGACUACUACUCUGAGAGGAAGACUUUGUUGCUGCGUGUUGUGCUGAGAUUGGGAGUUCUGUCUUAGAGAGCUAGCUGAAGUAUAGGCGUCAAUAUGGGGCUUUUGUUUUCCAAACUCUGGAGCCUGUUCGGGAACGAGGAGCACAAGAUCGUCAUGGUGGGACUGGACAAUGCUGGGAAGACCACCAUACUUUACCAGUUCCUGAUGAACGAGGUUGUGCACACAUCGCCCACUAUUGGCUCCAACGUGGAGGAGGUUGUCUGGAAGAACAUACAUUUUAUUAUGUGGGACCUGGGUGGCCAGCAGAGCUUAAGAGCAGCUUGGUCUACGUAUUACACUAACACAGAGUUUAUUAUUGUUGUGAUCGACAGUAUGGAUAGAGAGAGAUUAGGUGUUAUUAGAGAAGAAUUAUAUUCUAUGUUGGAGCGUGAUGAACUUAACAAGGCAGCUGUUUUAGUUUAUGCGAAUAAGCAGGACUUGAAGGGGAGCAUGUCUGCUACAGAGAUAUCAAGGCAGUUGGAUUUGACAUCUAUAAAAAAGCAUCCUUGGCACAUUCAAAGUUGUUGCGCUUUAACAGGAGAAGGGCUAUAUCAAGGAUUAGAAUGGAUUGUUGGGCGUUUGAAGAAGACAUGACGCAUGAUAUAGCAAACAAAUGCACGUGUGAUGUCAUGUGCAAGUGCUCAUAGGGUCAUACACUUUGGCAACUACCAAAAAUUCCAGCUUUCUUUCUGAGCAGUUCAAAUAGAGUGUGACUUUCUGAAGGCAAUCGUAUGUUUGUUGUUGGUUAAAAAAAAAAAAAGAAAAAGUUUCCAUUUGCAUUUUGAAGAGAAGAACGCUGGCUCGUGUUAGGUAUCAAUCGCGAUUGCAUGGGAAAGCACAUUCAUGUAUAUAGUUUUGAUAUUUGCACGUUACAAACAGCAGUCUGCUGUGAAAAUUCCGACGCUGCUCCGUCAGUGUUGGCAGAGGCCCGAGACUUAUCGGCGUCCUCGUUUAUGCAUUAAACAGAUUUGCUGACCAAACGUGCAAUGCAUCUUGUAAGACUUCCCGACGAGGUUAACCAACGAAUCCAAAUGAAAAACAGAAAGAAAAUAAUUUAAAGCGAAAAACAGGCUACUCUGUGAUACGCAACGAUUUAACGAUGAGAUAGUUGUCUCACUGAGCUGAUCCAGAGAGCAGUAUUAUUUUAAUCAAUAUAGUUCAUUGUACAUUCACGAUUUUUAUUUUAAUAUAAUUUUUUUUAAGUGAAGAAAAAAUUUAGAGAAACUUGCUGAGCAACCUCCAUUUAUUCGUAAAUCCAAUAGAUUUUAUUACCACGCAUUGAUUAAAUAUGCUCAAAAGACGGCUGUCUUAUCGCACAUCUGUUUAAAGCAUAGGUGGUAUAUCUACUAGUUUUGUGUUGGUAUAGAAAUACUCCAGCUGGAUAAUUUUAAACGUAUAUAUUACAUUAUUGUAUGAAUUAACGGCAAAGCGGAAAUACCACGGGUCGACGACUAAAUUUUAGCAACAAUUGUCUAGCAAAUGCAAGAAUGAAAAAGUGAUGGUUAAUUAAUUUCUCAUAUUGAGAAAAAGAUCAUUCGACGAUCUACGAUUAUGAGAUUUUCCUUUUACUAAUUUUAUUUUUACUUGUAUACGUUCUGUCUGUUCAGUUAUAUUGUAUCCAAUAGUAAUUGAUAAAUUAUAUUUCUAUAUACAUAAACGACUAGACAUUUUAUAUUCCGCUGAUUGUAACAGGCAUAUGAUGGAUUAAAGUAAUUGAUUUAUCGAAAAUGAAACUCUGAGGUGACAAAUAAAAAAAUAUCACGAUUA